UUUGGGAAAGGGAUUCCAAUUCCAAACCCAAAGGAAACGGAAUUGUUGUGGGUACUUUUUAAUGGGUCGGAUCUUGUACUUGUAUAAAACUGUCACACCUCUGGAGUCUGGGCUUGGAUCCUCUCUCUUAAUAACCUGUGAACAAGCAUGAAACUUCGUGAUCCAUUUCCAUUCCAUUUAUACCAGAUUUAAGCUGCUUAUAACUCUCAUACUUGCUUCUUCUUUGAUCUACUUCUUCUCUUAUUUUCUUCUUUCCCCUGUUUCAUCAAACAGAUAUUCCUAAACUUUCCAUUUAUUCUUUCCUUUUUUAGUUUACUGAUUCUUUACUUCAUCUCAAAAUCUCAACUGAUUUUCUGUCAUUUUGGAAACAAACAAUUAUGGAGGAUAUUAAAGAUCAAGAAGAGUUCAAGCAUGGCUGUAAACUCUGUAACAAGAAGUUUCCAAGUGGGAAGUCUUUAGGAGGCCAUAUGAGGUCUCAUGUAAUGGCUAAUGCUCAAAAAAACAAAUCCAUUCCUAAAAAAGUUCCUAACUUUAUUGUUCAUGAUGAUGAUGAUGAUGAUGAAAAUGAUGAUGAUGAUGAAUAUGAGGGUGAUUCCGAUGUUUUUGGAGCUGAUCAAAGAGAGAAAGAUAAUGGGUAUGAACUUAGAGAGAAUCCUAAAAAAACAUGGAGAAUGGUUGAUUCAUCAUAUGGGAAGCAACAAGAACAAUAUGAAAGAGCAUGUAAGCAAUGUGGGAAAGUUUUUCAUUCAGUGAAAGCAUUAUGUGGGCAUAUGAGUAGACAUUCUGAUAAAGAAAGGAACUUUAAGGAAGAAGAUGAUAAUUCAUGGUCAAUUAAUAGCAAUGAACAGUUGGGUUUAGCAAUGGAAAGUCAUUCUGAUAACAAUAAUGAUGAUAAAAACACCAUUAAUUCCAACAAUUUCAAGCACCAAACAAGAUCUUUGACAAGGUAUAACUCUCUUACUGAUAAAUCUUCUUCAUUUCACUCUGAAAUUGAUCAAUAUGAAAGUGAUGUUGCUGCUACUGCACACUGUUUGGUUAUGCUUUCUAGGGAUUCUUUUGGUUGUAAGAAUUACUUUAAUUUUACUGGUGAAUGUUCUGAUAAUAAGUCCGUGAUCUUAGAGGGGGGAUCAUCUAACUAUGUGGGUAUUAGUGAAAAAAAGAAAGAUCUUAACUUGUUAAAUGAUAAUAAGAAUGUUAAGCAAGUUGCUGUGAAAGAUGUGAUUUUGGAUAAAAAUCAAAAGAUUAAAAAUUCUGAUUCUGGGUAUAAUGAAAAUGGUGAUAAGGAACAUGAAUCUGAUGAUUCUGUUGAUGGGUUUGUAAGAAAAAAUGGAUUUAAGAAGGCUAAGAUAGGAAUUGGAUCAAGGGUAGUUGGAGAUAAUUCCUUUGAUGAGGAUGAUGAUAGGAAGAGAGAAAAUAAUCCAAGUAAAAAAGGGAACAAAUAUGAGUGUUGGGUAUGUAGCAGGACAUUUAAGACUCACCAAGCUUUAGGGGGUCACAUUAUAAGUCACAAGAAAAAUGGUGAUAACAGCUUAGAUUGCAGCAAUUCAUCAAAACAGAAAGAGUUUCAAGCUAGUAGUAGUACUAAGAAUAUGGCUAAUAGAAAAUCAAAGAAAGUUAAGGGUCAUAAGUGUCCUUAUUGUCCAAGAGUUUUUAAGUCGGGCCAAGCAUUGGGAGGUCACAAGCGGUCACAUAUGAUGGGAGCAGGCCGCAUUAGGGGGACAGUGAAGCUUAACAAGGAGACCGAGUGCUCGAAAAUUGAGAAGAGGGCCCCACCAUCACCAUCACCACCACUACCACCACCAUCACCUGAGCCAAAUCAGCCUCAUUUGAUUGAUCUUAACCUUCCAGCUUCAAUGGAAGAAGAAUAUUAUGUGGAAUGGUGAUGGUAGGUUGGAUGUUUCAAAGGCAUGAAAGCUAGUUUGCUUUGUGGGAAAUGUGGUAUUGGGAGACUUUGAGGGCCAGGGUUCUCCAAACGUUAAAAAGAAAAUAAAAAGAGAAUACAAUUAUGAAAGUGGGUCAUAUGGGUUCCAUGAAAAAAAAUACAAGAUGAUAAAUGUACAGAGUUAGACAGAUUGGUUCAAGGAUCAAGUCUUAUGCUUGAGGCAACUCCAUUGGCUGCUAUUAGGAAGCAAAAGAAGAAUUUUGUGGCAACAACAUGGUAGUUUUUACUUUUACUUUUGUCUUAUUCCGUCCUCGUUUUCUCCAUUUGAUUUUGCUGAACUAUAUACAAAAACUCUCAUUUUGAUUUUUGUAAUGUACAAAAUCUAAGGGACAAAAGAGUAACUAUUUACCUUAUUACUAUAUAUUUGGGAUGUUAGGCAAAAUAGUUGAGAGUUGGUUGGUCAGACCAGUUAAUGCUAAUAUUUGGUAAAUCAACUGGUUGAAAUAGCUUAUUGUUAUGAAUAAACUGUUUUUGAACAAACUGCUCAUAGCAUGAUUAGUUCCUUCUAGCUAUUAGUCGUUUGCUAAACAAAAAAAUUUAUUGAAUUCUAAUUCUUUAUAUGUUAGAUGUUUGUACUACAU